GAGUGGGGGUAGAGGGAGUGCAUCAGCCGAGGGAGUGCAGCGGCUGGGGAGGUGGCCAAGGAAGAAAGUACGAGCCGCAGUCAGGUGGUGGAACGUCGGGGAGGAGCGCUUCGGCUAGGGGUGGGAGGCGGGGAGAGGCUGGGCUUUGGGGAUAAAGGUUUGGCUGCCUGCAGAGCUGGGUGAACCUGUGGAGGUGACGCUGGGGUCCCUCACUCGGCCGGGUUCCGAGUGCGAGGUCCCAGGCUGGGGAACAGAGCGGGACCCCUCCCCCCGGCCCCCCGCCAGAGGUCUCACUCAGAAAACCCUAACAGUGAGGACUCCUCCCCUUCGCUCCUCCUCUUCUCGGCUUAGUGCGGGUUCGCCUUAGCACAAGCUUUCCGCUCCCACCGCCCUCCUUUGGCUGGGCCAAAGUUGAGAGGUGAUCGGCUGUGGUCCUGCAGCUUACGGGGUGGGCGGAAUGGAAAUGGCACUGUGAUGUGCUGCCACGGACUCCCCGUUGGGGGGUCCCCAUCCAGUCCUGGAUGUUUUGUGCCCCUCAUCCAGAAGACAGGAGGUUUGCUGUUAACAGCGGAGAGGGGCGGCAGGAUGAAUGUGGGCACAGCGCACAGCGAGGUGAACCCCAACACACGGGUGAUGAACAGCCGUGGCAUCUGGCUCUCUUACGUGCUGGCCAUCGGGCUCCUCCAUGUCGUGCUGCUGAGCAUCCCCUUCGUGAGUGUCCCUGUCGUCUGGACUCUCACCAACCUCAUCCACAACAUGGGCAUGUAUAUCUUCCUGCACACGGUGAAGGGGACGCCAUUCGAGACCCCGGACCAGGGCAAGGCGAGGUUGCUAACCCACUGGGAGCAGAUGGACUAUGGGGUCCAGUUCACGGCCUCUCGGAAGUUCUUGACCAUCACACCCAUCGUACUGUACUUCCUCACCAGCUUCUACACCAAGUACGAUCAGAUCCAUUUCAUCCUCAACACCGUGUCCCUGAUGAGCGUGCUCAUCCCCAAGCUGCCCCAGCUCCAUGGAGUCCGGAUUUUUGGAAUCAAUAAGUACUGAGGGUGCAGCCCCUUCCUCUGCCCAGGGUGACAGGGGAGGGGUAGGGGAAAAGGCCUGUGCUGCGACACUGAAGACAGAAGGAAGAAGCCUCUGGACACUGUCGAGGUGGGGGUUGAGCCUCUGGGCCUAGUUUCCCCCCUCGUUUCCCCCAGUAGCCAACUUGGAGUAGCUUGUAGUGGGGUUGGGGUGGGGCCCCCUUGGGCUCUGACCUUUUCUGAAUUUUUUGAUCUUUUCCUUUUGCUUUUUGAAUAGAGACUCCAUGGGGGUGGUCACGGAAUCGGCUGGGCUCCUGGGCUGACAUGGACCAUGCAUUGGGACAGGAGGCGGGGUGGGGUGGGGGAAACCCCUGCUCACUUGUUUCAAGCAGCCAAAGCACUUUAACCCCUGCGUAGGGAGCCGAGGGCGGUACGGCUUCUGGAUUGUUUCACUGUAAUUCUGAGGUCUUUUCGAUGACACGCAGUGUGUGCUUGUGUGUAUGAAAGCAAGCGUGGGACGGGGCCUUGCCCUUCUGGGCAGAGAGCUGUCUAAUCCGAGUUUUGGGCUUUCGGCAGCUUCCUUGCAACCCACCCUGGGUCCUGGUUGGGAGUGGGGAGGGUCAGGUGGGGGGAAGAUGGGGUGGAGUGUGGAUGGCUUGGUCCCAGAGGUGAGGGGGCCAGGGCUGCUGCCAUCCUGGCCUGUUAGAGGUUGGGGAGCUGCAGUGGGGAUAGGGAGUGGAGAGUUAGAAGAACGGGGCCGUGGAGCAGCAGAGCACCGAUGUAAGGGAGGGAGGGGACGGGACGGAAGCUAGACCCAGUCUUCUUUGGGAUGUGGGCAGGGAGGGAAGCAGGCUUGGAGGGUUAUUUUACCCACAGAGUGUGAUGGUAAUCGGGGAAGGAGGCUGCUGUGGGCUUAACUCCUGAGUGGGCUGUUGGGUGGACAGGUGGGGAAGAGGUCCAUGAGUUAUUGUUAGUACAGGUCCGACUUGGCCCUGACUUCUGUAGGGUACAGGGAAGCUGUGACAAACAAUGGCUGCUGUGGUCCUCUGCAGGCCCUCACCCCUUCACCACCUCGUGUAGGCUGGCACUGUGCAGGGCCUCUCUUGUGGCAGGCACAUGUGGUGCUGUGAGGCCACCCCACAUGGGGUCAGUGGCAAGAGUCCUGUAGGACCUUUGGUCAAGCAGCACAGGGGAAGGAGCCAGGCGUGGCCUGUAGGUGCUGUCUCAGCCUGCAGAGAAGAAAGUGAGGCCGGGAGCCUGAGCCUGGGCUGGAGCCUUCUCCCUUCCCCUGGCUGACUAAGGGCAGUGUUAAUUCUGAAAAGGCGUGGGUACCUGUAUCCUCUUCCAGGGGCCCGGAGGAGCAGGAGAGGUCACUGGCCCUGUUUUCUGCCUCCUGGCCCUGCAUCUCCCACCUCAUGUAUCAUAGGGAACUUUCACCUUAAAAUCUUUCUAAGCAACGUGUGAAUAGGAUUUUUACUCCCUUUGUACAGUAUUCUGAGAAACGCAAAUAAAAGGGCAGCGUGUUCCUGUU